GCUUGGAAGUGAAGACGAGGAGAAGGACCUUGAGCUUGUUAAGUUGCAAGAAAAGAAGCAAAAGCGGCAGGCACACACGCGACCACCACCAUUUUUAACCCACUACGAAAAAGAAAUCAGAUUCCACUUGUAUUUUUUUUAUAUUUUUAUAUUCUCCAUUUGGUACCAAGUAAAAGCUUCAAGAUCACAAAUGGCAUCAGCAAUUGGACCAGUUAUUGGUUCUCUCUGUAUCAGGUUAUUGCGUGAGUUGGGCUUGGCAAGUUGACUUGAACGGCGAGAAUUUCAAGACCCACAAAAAAGAUAGGUGAGCUGGUUUUGUGGGGUCAAUUAGCUUGGAAGCAGAAUCUUCCCUUGCACAAAAUGAUUUGGAAUCAUAUACAGUCAAAACUCUAAAACGAGAGGGUCAGAUAAUUACUAUGGUGGGAGAGAAAUUUUUUUCUUUCUUCUUGUGGAGUUGAUCUCUCGUCUCGAGGCAGUUUUUUAAAAGGCCUGCCUUUUAUUUUAUGUGAUUGCUAUUUUGUUCAUUUUUCAUAUUCCUUCUCUACGGACAACCAGGCUGUGGUUUUGGGUUUGUUGUUUUGCUUAACCGAAAAAAUAAGAUGAUAACGGAGAGGGUAUCUUCAAGAAUCUUUCAACAAUCAGAUUUAAAGACUGAAGAUCUGAAUUCUUUCUAGAGGUUUUUGUUAAUUGUUUUGAAACUUAAGGUGGAAUGAUAAUUGAGCUUAUUACCAUAGAGCAGAAUAGAUUUUUUGUAAGUGGGAUUUUUAGGAUAGGUUUUCAUGGAAGACAGUAUUUUAUCACCGGGUACUAUGUUGGCUGCUCAUGCUGAUUCUGCAAUGGAUUUUGACGACAUGGAUGAAUUGUUGUUAGACGGAUGCUGGUUGGAAACAAUAGACGGAUCCGAGUUCUUUAAUCCUAGCCCCCACAAUUGUGCUCCCUUGAUUGAUUCUUCAUUUCUGUGGCCAACUUCAGAGAACAAUGAUGGUGAUUUGGUCUCUAGGCCAUCUCAGAAAAGCAAUCAACAGGAUGAACGAAUGUCAAUGCUGCCCAGGAAUUCUCCCUUGAAUGAAUCCCAAAGCAGCAGUCCGGUCAUUACUCAGACUAUUGGCCAGGACAUGAGUAGCGUGGCCAGAUGGGGAAAUGAUGCAGAUGAAGGUUCUGAAGUAAGUAGAAGGUGGUGGAUUGGACCAAAAGCAAAAACUCCUGUGAGGGAUAGAUUAAUUAGAGCACUUGGAUAUAUUAAUGAUUUCUCAAAGGAUAAAGAUGUGCUUAUACAGAUAUGGGUCCCUGUAAAUGAAGGAGGUAGACGUGUUCUAACAACUCAAGACCAACAUUUUGCACUUGUUCCAAACUGUCAGAGGCUUGCAAAUUACAGGGACAUUUCUGUUAACUAUCAAUUUUCAACUGAGAAAGAUUCCAAGGACAUGAUGGGGUUACCUGGUCGGGUUUUCUUGGGUAAGGUUCCUGAGUGGACUCCAGAUGUUCGAUUCUUCAGAAGCGAUGAAUACCCACGUGUAGGUCAUGCCCAACUAUAUGAUGUAUGUGGAACUCUUGCUCUUCCUGUUUUUGAACAAGGUACCAGGACUUGCUUGGGCGUUAUUGAGGUGGUAACUACCGCACAAAAGAUCAAGUAUCGUCCUGAGCUUGAAACUGUUUGCAAGGCACUUGAGGCAGUUGACCUUCAGAGUUCUGAAGUUCCAAUUGGGCAGAAUGUCAAGGUAUGUGAUAUGUCCUACGAAGCUGCAUUAUCUGAGAUUCAUGAGGUUCUGAGAUCUGCUUGUGAGACGCAUAAAUUACCUUUAGGUCAAAUUUGGGUCCCAUGCAUCCAACAAGGAAAGCGGGGUUGCCGACAUUCUGAUGAAAACUAUUAUCGCUGUGUUUCCACUGUGGAUCAUGCUUGCUAUGUGCGUGAAACUGGCAUGCAGGCUUUUCAUGAGGCUUGCUCCGAGCAUCACUUGUUAAAAGGUCAAGGAGUUGCUGGGGAAGCAUUUUUGACUAACCAACCUUGUUUCUCUAGUGACAUAACUUCAUAUCGCAAAACUGAGUAUCCUCUUUCUCACCAUGCAAGGAUGUUUGGAUUGCAUGCUGCCGUUGCUAUUCGCCUACGAAGUGUGCACACUGGUAAAGCUGACUUUGCGCUGGAGUUCUUUCUGCCUGUGGAUUGCACAGAUCCUGAAAAACAGAAAGAUAUGCUUACGUCAUUGUCCACGAUUAUACAACAGGUGUGUCAGUCCUUACGAGUAGUAACAGACAGAGAACUAGAGGCAGAAACUGGACCAGUUAGUGAAGUGGUAUUGCCUUCAUAUGGUAGACCUAGGAGAGAAGAUAUGUUAAGGGUGAUGCAUUAUUCUGAAAGUUAUGCUGGGGAUAAUUCAUCCUUGACUGCCUCUCUCACAGGGAUCCAACAAAGUGGAAGUGUUGUUUUAUCAUAUGAGAAAGAGAAUCAAAAGGUACCAAUUGAUGAAAAAUCAAUGGAGUACAGGAUCAGUCGAGAAGAUUAUAACCUAAAGAGGAGUAUUGAAUGUGGCGUAGAUUCUGAAGUUGCUGAAGGUAGCCUUUCAAGUGUCUGUAUGGGUAAAACAGCAGAGAGAAAACGCUCCAAGGCAGAGAAAGCAAUCACCUUGCAAGUUCUUCGGCAAUACUUUGCUGGAAGCUUAAAAGAUGCUGCGAAGAGUAUUGGUGUUUGCCCCACGACCUUGAAAAGGAUAUGCAGGCAACAUGGAAUAAAACGAUGGCCUUCUCGGAAAAUCAAGAAGGUCGGUCACUCCUUGCAGAAGCUCCAACUUGUGAUCGACUCAGUCCAAGGUGCCUCUGGUGCUCUCCAGAUUGGUUCCUUUUAUACAAAUUUCCCCGAGCUGGCCUCUCAGAAAUUAUCAAGCAGCCCUUUUUCAGCAUCCAAGCAGAGUGAUCAUCUAGAGCAAUCAAGCAUACAGACUGACGGAGGUACUUUUAGCUCCCAAGUGGCUGCACCAAAAUCACCUUCCUCCUCAUGCAGUCAGAGUUCCAGUUCAAGCCAUAGCUGUUCCAGUGGGUUACAGCAAAAUCCUUCUGUAUUUAGCAUUCCCACUAGUGAAGAUCAUAUUCCUGGGGAAAACUCAAGCAAUGGUGUGUUAAAGAGGGUCAGAAGUGAUGCAGAGCUUCAUGCUUCAAGUCAAGAAGAGCAAAACAUGCUGCCAAGAUCUCAAAGCCACAUACCUCUCAGAGAACAACCUAAUUCGGGGAACCUUCCGCCAUUACCUAAAAGUAGCAGUCGAAUAUCUCACGAGGGUGAUGCUCAGAGAAUCAAAGUGACAUAUGGAAAUGAGAAAAUCCGGUUUCGCAUGCCAUACAAUUGGAAACGUAAAGAUUUAUUACAAGAAAUUGCAAGGCGGUUUUUUAUAGAUGACAUAAAUAGAUAUGACCUGAAGUAUUUGGAUGAUGACAAUGAGUGGGUCUUAUUAACAUGUGAUGAUGAUUUAGAGGAGUGCAUUGACGUUUGCCAAUCAUCUGAGAACAGCACAAUUAAACUUUCACUCCAAAUUUCUCAUCUUAUGGACGGGUUUUCGAGAAGCUGAGGCCUAUGAUGAUAUUUGUAAAUAUGCUUUUGAGAUGUUUGGUGAGGUUGCACUUCCAGAGUCAAUGGUAUGAACAUUGGUAUGUUUAGCCGCAAGCAUACAGUCUCAACAGUAAUGUUGAUAGAUUGGUGUAGAAGAUGAAGUUUCAAAAGGCGGAGAUGAUGUUAAUUGGUUGCAAAUGGGGACUACGAGCUCACUAUCGUGAUCUGUGGGGUAGAAAAGCUGUAAGGAAGUUAUACGAACUUGCUUGUUAUGCAGGUAGUUCUUCUGUCUGUAUAUUUAUGAACUGGGGGAAGAGGGCAAUAAACCUAUUGUUACUUGUCAAACUGUAAAAUGUACUCACAGAACUUAAAUGGAGGUAAAAUUUUUUAUCAUGAA